AUGAGGCGCGGUAAUCCAUUUCCCCCAGCUCAUUGGCUUACUAAUCGCUGUCAAGCAUACAGAGGCCAAACAAAGACAAAUGAAGGCCAUAUACCUGCUGGACGGAUGGUGAUCGCCACACUACUCCCACCUUUCACUGGUAGUUCACACAAGGAGAGCCCGCAUUGGUUUGCCACGACUCGUAUUCACCAUAUUUAG